UCUCAAUUGUAUUUCAGAUGGGGAUUCUCCGCACCUCCAAGGCUGAGUAUAUCGUCCAGCCUCUCCCAUCUCAUCUCCAUCGCCAUUUUGUGAAUACAAGUCAUGCCAGCACUUCUCAUUACCCACAUGUUAUAUAUAUGAAGUCAUCUCUCCAUUCUCUUAAUUCAUCUUCCUCACAUGGGACUAACCACCUGUGUCAUAGCAAUAAUAAUAGUGAUCAUCUUAAAGCCUUAGACAAUAAACUACAGCCAUUCCAGCAACCAAAAGACAAAAAAGAUAAUGACGGUGAUAAAGAAAAUCAUCUCAUUCAUAAAAACCAAAGAUAUAAGAGAUCAACAGCAUUAUACUCACGUCACCGUCACCAUCAGCAUCAGCGUCGUGUGAAAGAUGGAAAGAAUAAGGAGAAGUUGAGGAAUUUGGAAACCCUUGUGGUUAUAGACAAAAACAUGCUAGAUGCACAUGGCGAUAAAAACGUUACCACUUAUACCCUCACAGUGUUAAAUAUG